AACCCAGAAAUGAGUGGAUAACAGAAUUCCAAAUCCUCAGCUCAGCCUCAACUCCCAAGAAAAGACAAUACCCCGAAACUCUCUACAACUCGUUCUUGAUUCUGCUUCAGUACAAUAAUAGUAUUUCAUAAAGGAUUCUCCAGCGUUGAAAUUCCUAGAAUUCAGAGAAAACCCACAUGACUUUGAGCUCGAUCUCAACUCCUCAUACCACUGAAUGGAAGUUCUCUCAGGUCUUUGGGGAACCAGCUCCGGGUGAAGAUGUCCAGCAAACUGAUAUCAUUUCUGCAAUUGAGUUCGAAAAGGGUGGUGAUUAUGUUGCUGUUGGAGAUCAUGGUGGGCGUGUUGUAAUUUUUGAAAAGAGGACCCCUAAAGAUGAUUCACUUGAGUACAUUACUCGAAAUGAGCUAGAGCAAAAUGAUUUCAUGAUAAGGCACCCUCCCAACUAUCAAUACAAGACUGAGUUCCAGAGUCAUGAACCAGAGUUUGAUUACCUGAAGAGCUUGGAAAUUGAAGAGAAGAUCAACAAAGUGAGAUGGUGUAUGUCUCCUAACGGAUCACUAUUCAUUCUUUCAACAAAUGAUAGGACUGUAAAGCUAUGGAAGGUCAAGGAAAGUAAAGUCAAGAAAGUUAAAGAAAUGGAUCUUGAUCCUUUUGUUGCUUCAGAAAAUUCCCUUUUGGCUGAGAAGAGUUUUUCUAGCAUUCCAGAAACAACACCCCUUUCUAAUGGUGUAGAAUGGGCAGACAAAACUUUCAAUGGCGCAUACUCUAGUGUCAGCCAUACCAAGGUGCCAAAAUUUGAAGAUAGUCCACCAGCAAGAUGUAGAAAGGCAUAUGCUCAUGCUCAUGAUUUCAAUAUCAACUCUACCUCAAACAAUAGUGAUGGUGAGACAUUUCUAUCUGCAGAUGACUUCAGGGUAAACCUGUGGAACCUUGAGAUCAGUGAUCAGUGUUUCAAUAUUAUUGACAUGAAGCCACCUAAUAUGGAGGAUCUUACAGAGGUAAUUACAUCAGCAGAAUUCCAUCCAUUUCACUGUAAUCUGCUCGCUUACAGUAGUUCAAGGGGAUAUAUCCGGCUAGUAGACAUGAGAAAGUCAGCGAUAUGUGAUCAAAGUUCAAGGAUAUUGCAUGAUGGAGCAUCCAAUGGGUCCAAAUCAUUUUUUACAGAGAUCGUUGCAUCAAUAUCAGAUUUGAAGUUUGCAUCUAAUGGAAGACACAUCUUAAGUCGUGAUUACAUGAGCCUAAAGCUGUGGGAUAUACAUAUGGAGAAUUCUCCAGUUGCAACAUACAAGAUUCAUGAGCAUCUUCGGCCCAAGCUGUCUGAUCUGUAUAACAACGACGCCCUAUUUGAUAAAUUUGCUUGCUGUCUCAGAGGAGAUGGACUUCAGUUUGCAACUGGAUCAUAUAGCAACCAAGUGCAUAUUUUUUCUCACGGAGGAGGUGUAGAAGAUAUCACAUUUGAAGCUAGCAAAAAUCCAAAUAGGAAGCCACUCAUGCACGCUAAUACGAGAGCUCGUAGAAGAUCUCUGAGUAAUCUGACUCGUGCAUUUUCCCGACAUGGGCAAGAAAAUCUAAAUUCAGAACAUAACGAGUUCUAUUGUAACUUGAACGCUAAGUUGCUGCAUCUGGCUUGGCAUCCCAACAAAGAUUUGAUUGCUUGUGCUGCUGGGAGCAGUGUGUUUAUGCAUUAUUUGUGGUAAUAAUUUGAAGGGUGUCAACUGAUCUGCAGCAACUGGCAAGGUCCUGUGCAUACUUAAUUUUCCAUUCUGCCCAUUUUUUGUGCCCGCAAAAGUGCAUUGCCUGUCUUUUUCUAAUCAUCCUCUAUUUCCCUGUACGUGGUCUUUUGAACAAGAGAAAAUAGCAAGCAAACAACCAUAUCGAUCUUGCACAAAUAGCAUAGAAAUUGAUGCAGUCAGUUUUCAGAAACAGCUGAAGAUAGAAUGUAGGCGGUGGAUGAGAUGAAUUGAAUGUUCCAGCUUACUUAAA